AUGUCCUCGUCAGAAAAUAGCACGACUAGUGUCAUUAUCUUCGGGCCAACUGGUAAUGUUGGUUCCGCUACUACUCUGGCCGCCCACGGACAAGGCGCCAGAGUGUUCCUCGCCAUGCGAAAUCCGGAAAAGGCGAUCCCAGGCUUCACGCCGGAACAAGAGCGAGACGCAGGCUUCGAGAGAGUCUACGCCGACCUCACGAAGCCCGAGACCGUUCAAGAUGCCGUGGCCAAAACUGGAGCCAAGUAUGCCUUCAUCUACGUCGUCAGAUCACCCGAUCAUAUGAAAGCCUCCAUCGUCGCGCUCAAGUCUGCAGGGGUCGAGUUUGUCGUUUUCCUGAGCAGUUACACUGUCCCAGACAACCUGAGCGUGGAGACCAUUUCACCCAGCAACUUCAUCGCCUGGGGUCAUGGCCAGGUCGAGCUCAAUCUGGAUCAGGUCUUUGGAUCAGACGGAUACGUGGCCGUCCGACCUGGUUCUUUCGCAACCAACUCCCUGAGGUGGAGGAAGAUGGUCGAGGAUGGCGAGGUCAAAAUUGCAUAUCCCGAGGCGCCCUUCGACUGGAUCUCGCCAGGAGACAUUGGGAGGGUCUGUGGAGCAGUCAUCGCUAAAGGUCCCCAAGCGGUCGACGGAACUGCUGGGAGAAAAGUUAUUCGACUUUGUGGCCCCGAGAUCAUGUCCCAAGCCGCAGCGGCAGACACCAUCGGCAGAGUCCUUGGCAAAGACCUCAAAGUCACCCGACUUAACGAGCAAGAAGGCGUGGACUUCUUUGUGCAAACUGCCAAUGUGCCGGAGCCGGCAGCGCGGCAGCUGAUCUCGAUGCUCAAGGAGAGAGCAGAAGAAGGAAAAAGUGGUGCAGAAUUGUAUGAGAGCUAUGAGGAGGCAGUCGCCAACAUCUUGAAGUAUGGGGGAAGGCCGCCUACCAGGUUCCACGAGUGGGUAGAGGAGAACAAGUCGAGAUUUGGCGCCUGA